AUGGCAACCAUUGACGAAAAGCCUACGGGCAUCCACAAUGUCGAUCACAACGACGACGUUCAAACCAUCGACCAUGUCGUCCACAUUGCCCACGAGACUCAGGGCAAGACAUCCCCUUGGACAUGGAACAUGUUUCGUCUCUACCUCGUCCUCGCUGUCGCUUACCUGUGCGGUUGCCUGAAUGGCUAUGAUGGGUCGCUCAUGGGCGGUCUGAACGGGAUGAAUGCCUAUCAAAAAUACUUCAACAUGACCGAGGCAGGAUCUGGAACCGGUCUUGUCUUUGCCAUGUACAACAUUGGCUCGGUUGCAGCCGUCUUCCUUACCGGUCCUGCAAACGACUUACUUGGGCGUCGCGCCGGCAUGUUCAUCGGCUCUGCCAUUGUGGUUAUCGGAACCUGCGUCCAGGCCCCUUCCACCACCCAGGGCCAGUUCCUCGGCGGUCGAUUUAUUCUCGGUUUCGGUGUCAGCUUCUGCUGUGUGUCUGCCCCAACAUACGUCAGCGAGAUGGCUCACCCAGCCUUCCGUGGCACACUGACUGGACUCUACAACUGCACAUGGUACAUCGGUAGUAUAAUCGCCUCUUGGGUGGUAUAUGGAUGUGCCUACAUCGACGACCACAACCGAGCCUGGCGCAUCCCUAUCUGGUGCCAGAUGAUCACGUCCGGGCUUGUCGUCAUCUUCGCUUUCACCCUUCCCGAGUCACCCCGUUGGCUGAUUGCCCGAGACAGGCACGAGGAGGCUGCUAGGGUCCUGACCAAGUAUCACGGUGAGGGUGACGAGAAUCACCCUUACGUGCAACUGCAGAUGAAGGAAAUGGCCAAUCAGAUCUCGAAUGAAGCGUCGGACAAGAAGUGGUGGGACUACCACGAGCUGUGGGACACCCACUCAGCCCGCAGGCGCUUGAUCUGUGUCCUCGGCAUGGCUUGCUUCGGUCAACUCAGCGGCAACUCCCUGUCGAGCUACUACCUGCCCACUAUGCUCAUCAAUGCCGGUAUUACCCAAGAACAUACCGUCCUGGCCCUGAACGGUAUCAAUCCCGUGCUCUGCUUCUUCGGUGCCUGCCUUGGCGCUCGUAUGACCGACGUUGUGGGUCGGCGGCCUCUUCUGCUGUACUCUAUCGUCUUCUCCUCGAUCUGCUUCGCUAUCAUCACUGGCACGUCAAAGCUGUCUCUCGACCAGCCAGACAACCACUCCGCGGGCAACGCCACCGUCGCCUUCAUUUUCAUCUUUGGCAUCGUCUUUUCCUUCGGUUGGACGCCUUUGCAAAGCAUGUACAUCGCCGAGACGCUUCCCACAGCCACCCGUGCCAAGGGAACAGCCGUCGGCAACUUCGCCUCGGCCGUUUCCAGUGUCAUCAUCCAGUACAGCUCUGGUCCGGCCUUUGAGAAGAUCGGCUACUACUUUUACAUCGUCUUCGUCUUCUGGGAUCUGUUCGAGGGCGCCUUCAUGUACUUCUUCUUCCCCGAGACCAAGGGCCGCACCCUUGAGGAGCUCGAGGAGGUCUUCUCCGCCCCUAACCCCGUGAAGAAGUCCCUUGAGAAGAGGAGUGCGCAGACGGUGCUGAACACGAUGAAUGUGCAGGCUGAUGCGAAGGAGAUUGAGGUUUAA